AGGCAAAACAUAAGGAGACGGCGCUUAAAAUGGUGAUUAAUGGAGAAAAUCUUCAACGCUAGAAAUGUAUAUUUUCUGAGAAAAAUGUGAUUUGUGGUUCUUGGCAAACAGCGGCACUGGGCAUUCACUGAGGUGAAGACUAACCAAUCGCAGUGUCUGUAAAAUGUUCUGAUGCAGAGAUAUACAUCUGGCUAAACGGAUGCUAGGUUAACCUGUUUGGUUGCUAUGGGUGUGGCUUAGCAUCUGCCAGUUGAUGACACUCUAAGCUAUGAAUGAAACGAACCAACCCACAUGUCUUUACGAUGCAGAGAUAUAGGUAUUGAAAAAGUCUAGUAUAUGACACGCUUAGCUAUGAGUGAAAUGAACCAGCCCCCAUGUUUCUACGAUGUGCUGAUGCAAAGAUAUAGGUAUUGUUAGUGGUUGCUAGGUUAACCUGUUUGGUUGAUAUGGGCGUGGCUUAGCAUCUGCAAUGCUAGUAUAUGACACUAUUAGCUAUGAGUGAAACGAACCAACCCCCAUGUCUUUACGAUGUGCUGAUGCAGAGAUAUAGGUUUUGUUAAAUGGUUGCUAGGUUAACCUGUUUGGUUGUCAUGGGCGUGGCUUAGCAUCUGCAAUGCUAGUAUAUGACACUAUUAGCUAUGAGUGAAACGAACCAACCCCCAUGUCUCUACGAUGUGCUGAUGCAGAGAUAUAGGUAUUGUUAAAUGGUUGCUAGGUUAACCUGUUUGGUUGCUAUGGGUGUGACUUAGCAUCUGCAAUGCUAGUAUAUGACACUAUUAGCUAUGACGGAGAAGCAGUUUGUUGCAGUUUGACAAUCAUCUGAAAGUCGUAAGUUUAAUUGAUUAUUGUGAGUGUGUUUUAUUGAAUCUAACGCAGUUUCGUUUCCAUUGUGUGCGUCCGGUGAGUCACGCUGAGUCACGUGUUAACAGUUGCGUUUAAUUGGCGUGUUAUUUGGAGUUUUUGGAAGGCGUGUCCUGCUAAAUUCAAGUGCUAGACUAAAACGGGUAUAUAAGUAAGACUAUCCACCGCGUGCUGCGGUCGCGUGCAGCCCUCAUCGCGUGAAGACCGAAGAGAGUUAAGACCAUCGACUCUACCUGCGCGACUAAUGACCGAAGAGAGUUAAGACCAUCGACUCUACCUGCGCGACUCCACCGAGCAAGGACACCGACAAGGCACUUGAGUAUUACUGUUUGCACUUCGACUAUUGCACUUAUCUAUUAUCUUUAUUUGUCUUGUACAUUCCUUCCUUUUUUACUAUGUGUUUCCAAAUCCACACUGUCAUUACAUCUCGUACACAAACGGUUACUCGCAGAAGGCCACGCAUGGCUAAUGCUAACAACCUGCGUACUCUUUCAACAUCCAGCACUACCUCUAUUACCUUUCCUAUUGGUUUAUGGAACUGCCAAUCCGCUGUAAACAAGGCAGAUUUCAUCACAGCUAUUGCAAAACAUUCUGGUCUUUCUCUUUUAGCACUUACUGAAACCUGGAUCAAACCCGAGGACACUGCCACACCGGCUGCACUCUCCAAUAAUUGCACUUUCUCCCACAGCCCACGCAUAUCAGGGAGGGGCGGAGGAACCGGUCUACUUAUUCCUAACGACUGGAAAUUUAAACAGCUUGCACCCUCAUGCAACAACACCGCCUUUGAGUUUCAUGCUGUCACUGUCAUCUACCCUGUUAAAACGCAUGUUGUAGUUAUAUAUCGUCCCCCAGGGCACCUUGGACUCUUCUUGGAGGAAUUGGACACACUUCUGUCAUCAUUCCCCGAGGAUGGUACUCCUCUGGUGGUACUUGGAGACUUCAACAUCCACCUGGAAAAACCACAGGCUGCUGACUUCAACAACCUGACUGCAUCGUUUGACCUCAAGCGAGUCCCCACUUCAGCAACCCAUAAAUCUGAACAACCUCCUGGACAGCAACCAGUCUGGGUUCAAGAGCGGUCAUUCCACUGAGACUGCGCUGCUCUCUGUUAUU